AAUUAGUAAUUAAUAAUUAAUCAUGGCUUUUUACGUACCAAAUCCCUUGUCGAUGAUUUUUCUGUCGGCUUUCGUCCUUUGUUUGAUUUCUUUGAGCGAAGAAGCAAAGAACAACAAUGGUGGAAUAACAGUUGAUCUAAUCCAUCGUGAUUCCCCAUUAUCGCCUUUUUACGAACCCUCCAACACACAGUUCCAGCGUCGAAUGAACUCGUUUCAUCGUUCUAUUGCACGUUCCGUUCGUUUGGGACAUUUCACAAACACUUCAUCUGCAAAACUGUCGGCUGCUGCAGAGGCUCCGGUCAGUCCCAAUUCCGGCGAAUAUUUAAUGAAAAUCCUCAUCGGAACACCGCCCGUCGAAGUGGUGGCUAUUGCCGAUACAGGCAGUGAUUUGACAUGGAUACAGUGCUCACCGUGUACGAAUUGCUACAAACAAAAACCCCCACUCUUCGAUCCAACGAAAUCAAAAACUUACCAGAAUAUUUCCUGUGGAUCCAAACAGUGCCAAUUGUUAAGCCCGGCGGUUUCACAAUGCGAUGAUGAUCGAAAAAACUGCAAUUACUUCGCUACGUACGGAGGGGGUUCGUACAGCGAAGGGGACAUAGGAGCGGAAACCUUCACCUUCGAUUCAAAUGUCGAAUUCUCUAAGGUCGUGUUUGGCUGCGGCCACGAUAACUACGGGAGUUUUCUCGAAGCCGCCUCCGGACUCGUCGGCAUCGGCGGCGGCGCGUCGUCGAUACUCAGACAGCUGGAAAAAUCGAUUGGCGGCGCUAAAUUCUCGUACUGCUUAACAUCUCCCGAUUCCAAUGUUUCUAGCAGGAUCACUUUCGGCGGUAGUGCUGUGGUCGAAGGUUCUAAGGUCGUAUCCACGCCAUUAAAAACGGCACCGGGAGAAACCUUCUACUACGUGACGUUGGAGGGUUUCAGCGUUGGGAAUAAGAGGUUGGUACACAUUAACGAUUCCAUUCCCGAGUCCGAUUCCGAAUCGGAAUCGACGAACAUCGCAAUCGACUCAGGCACAACACUGACGAUUCUCCCGAGUUCGAUUUACGACGAGUUGGAAUCGGCGGUGGCGGAAGCUGUUAAGGGUAAGCGUGUGGACGAUCCGAGAGGAGUGAAUGGAUUGUGCUACGAGUCACCGGGAAAUGGAGGAUUCAAUUCGCCACCGAUAACCGCGCAUUUCGAAGGGGCGGAUGUGGUGUUGCCGCCGGGGAGCACCUUCGUUGAGGCGGCGGAGGGGGUGGUUUGCUUAACUCUGGUUUCCGGCGGAAAUUUGUCUCUUCCGAUUUUUGGGAAUAUACAUCAAAGGAAUUAUCUAAUUGGUUUUGAUCUCCAGAAUCAAAAGGUGAAUUUCUUGCCAACUGAUUGCAGCAAACCUCGAAUUUAGGGUUCAUAUAUAAUUUUUGUCAUUGUAAUUUCAAAUUAAAUCCAGCCAAGCACAAAUCGAACUCGAUUAACUUGAUUUUUUCGUACAUUGUUUACUCAUAGUUUAUCUAACAAAAACUUAAUUUAUUAUGCUUACAAACCGAACUUUUAACGAACGAUCUCGAAUCCAGUAGCUUGGUUUAAUUAGCCCCAUAGUACAAAUAUUGAGCUUUUUUUUGAGCUACAAAUAUACAUACAGAAACUAUACACAAAGCAGAGAGAGCCAAAAAAAAA